GGGUGACAGAUUUAUGCAGGGACUGUGUGGACCUACUGAUUAAGGCCAGGGUUCACCUCGAGUGUCGGGAUAUCUGGCAACGGACCCCGCUACUGAAGGCCGUUGUGAAUCACCAUUAUACCAUCGCCUCCAUGUUAAUGGCCGCGGGGGCAAGUGUCAACGCCGCGGACGAUGAUAAGAAGGUUCCGCUACACGUAGCCGCGAGCUACGGGAAUUCUCGCGGCGUCAACGAACUCCUGGAGUGUGGUGGGGAUAUCGACUUCCAGGAUCUGAACGGCAGAACUGCUCUGUACUUUGCGGUACUUUCGGGUCACAAUCACAUCGUUGCCAAGUUGAUAAAACACGGUUGCAAUGUGAACCUACGCCGACGAGAAGGGACAAAUGCAUUGUACCUGGCCGCCAAGAAACAGAACUUGAACUGUGUCCGGCAGUUGUUAGAGGCCGGUGCUGAUACAGUUCACGUAGACCCUAGGAAUUAUCAGAAUAGGGACGAAUUGGUGAGGAUAGCUAUUCGCCAGCUAGGCUCUCAGGGAAAAACUCCACCGGACGCCUUUGAAAUUCUGAACUUGACGAUAACUGCCCACGGCCUUGUACCUGGACAGCAGCUAAUGUCAUCGGCGCUCACGCAGUACAAGAAGCAGCCGAACGGAGACAUGCGAUUGGUCAUUCACCGCCUGAUUUUGGCAGGGGGUGUGGUUAAAGUGCCGGACUCUGGAAAUAACUCGCCGACCAUUGGCUACCAAGAACUGCAAGAGGCGGUGUCAAAGUGGCAAAUGGAGCACGGGAUUGGUAAUCCGAAAGCUCCGUCCACUCUGAAGGACGUUUGCCGGAGGAUUAUCAGAAGCUCGAUCAUGCAUUCCUGUUCGGCAGGCAAUGUCCUCUGCGCGUGUGAUCGCUUACACCUUCCAAGGGCAUUAAAAGAAAUCAUUUUAUUGCAAAGACUAUAAUUUUACCUGUAUAAAUAAGUGUUUAGUGGAAAAGAAUAUGUUGA